AUGCAAUACGUACAAAUACCUUAUAGUGAAUGGGUUAUACCAUAUACUUAUGACCCAUUACAUUGGAAUGGUGUUUAUCAUCAUUACAAUCAAAUUUCAUCAAAUGCGAGUAGUCUUACUGAUGCUAGUAGUGCAUACAGUAGUUCGAAUACAUAUCCAUAUAAUACAUUCCAACCAGCAGUUGUAGAUUCAAUAUCACCUGAUAUUUAUCCUCCUAUUUAUGAAGUAUACUAUGCUAAAAAGAAAAAACGUAGUAAUAAUCAAGUAAUUGAAGAAAAUGGUUUACAUAAGAAGGAGAAAAAAAAUUUAAAUGAUGGAUAUGAUGAUGAAAAUCAUGAUUAUAUCGUACGACCAGGAGAAGUAUGGCUUGAACGAUAUACAAUUGAUUGUUUAAUUGGUAAAGGUAGUUUUGGACAGGUAAUAUGAAAAUUAUUAUUAUGAUAUUUAAAUAUAAUUGAAAAAUAGUUUAAUCUAUAAUUCAAUAAUGAAAAUCACUUUGACUUUAUAUUUAUCAAUGAGACGACUGUUUUCAUCUGUCUUAAAAUUCGAUCUUGGAAUAUAAUAAUAAUAAUAAAGGGAUUAGCUACAACAAAAGCUCGUUCGAGAAUUCUAAAAUGUAUUAUCAGAAAAAGUAUAAACAACGAAAAAAAAAAAGUGUAAAAGAUUUUCUGCUUUUUACUGAGAAAAUAUUUUUCAAGUAGAUAAUGACAGAAAUCAUCAAAAAACUUUUGGCAAAUAAGGAAAUGCUAAAUAAAAAAACCAUGUCGCUUAUGAAAGAUCUGACCUUGGACUUUCUUUCUCAAUGACGAUUUUUUUUUCUGACGAAAAUUGACAUUUUUUUUUUGAGCGGAAGGUUUCAUUGAUAUAAGAAAGAUAAUCUUGACUAAAUAAACUGUGCGUAUAACAGUCAAGUUUAUCGUCAUGCUGAUUUCAUCGAGACUUUAUCUUUAGAGUUAUCAUUGAACCAUUCUGAAUGGAUUGUCCUUCCAAAACAAUCCAGUUUAUUAUAUCAUUAAACUGAAUCGGAUAAUUUUAUAUCAGAUUAUGAUAUUUUUUGAGGGUUAAAAAUUUGAUAGAAAGUACUUUGAUCCUUGGAGUGCUAAAAAUUAUGACAGGGAAGAGAGGACGAAAUCCAUUGUGACUUGACCUUUCUCACAACAGACGACCUGUCAUCAGACCGUCUCGCAAUGACAUUGUCUGCUUAUAUUUUAUUUCGUCAGAGAAAGACAAAUAGAGUUUCAAUCGAGAAUUCUACUUGCGAAGAUCAGUAUGAGUGUGAAUCUUUGUUUUUUUUUAAACUUCUAAUAAAAUUGAAAAUUCUCUAUAAGUGAUCGAAUAAAAUUUCCUAUCGU